GAAGUUUGGAGCUGUGGAGGGUUAUGGAGAACAAGGAGAAGGAAUCGAGGGUUGCAGAAGAGGAUCGGAGUGCGGUAAUUACAGCCCCUGACAGCACCAAUUAGGGACGAACGCAGUGAAAACAGGCUGGCGAUGGCGUCACGCCUCCGUGACGUCACGACGCGCCUCCGAGGGCAGGGACCACAUCUCCCGGCAGCCCUCGCGGCCCCAGCCCCUCGCGCUGAUCGGCAUCCGCUCUGCCCAGUAGCGAACCGCCAGCUCCCCGCGCGGCCCCUCCCGCAGCGCCCCCCGCAGGAAGCGCUGAUGGACGCACGRAACAACCAAUGAGACGGCGAGCAGGCGGGACUUACGCGGAGCGACUCGCCUCUUAACCAACCAACGCGCGAUAGCGGAUAACUGCAACCAAUAGGGAUCGAGGGGCGGGAUCUGCGCGGGCGGCCCCGCCCGCCGCCGAGGCGGGUAGCAACAGUUGCCCCGGUGAGGGACCAGGGAGGCCGCCAUAGCCACGGUCACCGUGGCGACCGCGCUCCGGCCCGGCCCGGCCCCUGCUGCUGCCGCCCCCCGCUCCGUCGGGCCCCGCCGGCAGCAGCAGCCGCGGCACCGGGGGCAGGCGGAGCCCUCGCGGGGCCCCGGCGGCGGCCGCGGGCAGGCACUGCCCUGAUGUCACUCGCCCACCACCAUGACGUCACCCACACAGCCGUCGCCAUGGCGACCCAGCCCUCCUACGUCACGGAGCUGACGGCGACGACGUCACAGCAGCAGCAGCCACCACCCCCGGCACCGCCCCCCGCCGGCACCGACCCUUUUGGGGCGGAGCUGCCCGGAGGCACCGCCCCCGGUGCGCCUCCCGCAGCCACCCCCGCGCCCCCCGUGCCCCCGCCCGCCCCUCAGCAAUUCAUCGUGGUCACCGUGGCGGCAGAGGGGCUGCGGCCCCCGGAGGGCACCGAUGGCAGCCCCGCCCCCCCCGCGCCCCCCCAGCCCGGGCCCAGCCCAGGGGGGCAGCAGCGCUCCCCAGCCCCCAGCGCCACGGCUGCCCCCAAGGCCGGCCCCCCCCAGGAGGUGCAGCAGCUGCCCCCGGUGCAGCACGUGUUCCCCCCCGCCCCCGUGCCCUACGUGGAGGGGGGGGAUGGCUCGUACCCCGCCGGCGCCAUCCGCUCGGGCUCGUUCCCAUUCGCUGAGACGCCGCUGUUCGGGCAGAACUCGGGGGGCUACUUCGAUGGGGCCGGGGGGGCCGCGGUGCAGCCCAGCCCGCCCCCGCCCCCCGCCAGCUCGCAGGCCCCCCCCAGCAGCGCCCCCGUGCCCAUGUAUGUGGCGGGGGGACAGAUUUUGGCGAGCCCCUCCGCCCCCCCCCAGGGCGGCAGCGGGACCCCCGGCACACCCGGGACCCCCGGCGGCGGCACCUWCGUCAUCCAGGGGGGGUACAUGGGGGGAGGGGGCGCUGCCUACGCUCACACCACCCGCGCCUCCCCUGCCACGGUACAGUGGCUGCUGGACAACUACGAGACGGCCGAGGGGGUGAGUUUGCCCCGCAGCGCCCUGUACUGCCACUACCUGCUGCACUGCCAGGGCCACAAGCUGGAGCCCGUCAACGCCGCCUCCUUUGGGAAGCUCAUCCGCUCCGUGUUCAUGGGGCUGCGCACGCGGCGCCUCGGCACCAGGGGGAACUCCAAGUACCACUACUACGGGCUGCGCAUCAAGGCAGGGUCGCCGCUGCUGCGGCUCGUGGAGGACCAGCAGCACCUGGCCAUGCGCCAGCAGCCCUUCGCCCAGAAACAACGCCUAAAACCCGUGCAGAAGGUGGAGGGAGGGGUCACCAACGGGGUGUCGGCAGGGCCGGCCCCUCCCAGUGUCCCCGACAUCAGCGCCCAGGUGCAGCAGUACCAGCAGUUCCUGGAUGCCUCCCGCACGCUGCCAGAGUUCCCUGAGAUCGACGUGCAGGGCAAGGGACUCCCAGAGGGUGUGGGGGCAGAGGACCUGCACGUGUUCCAGCAGCUCUACCGGGAGCACUGCGAGGCCAUCGUGGAUGUGAUGAUCAACCUCCAGUUCUCAUUGGUGGAGACGCUCUGGAAAAGCUUCUGGCGCUGCAGCGGCGAGACUGAGGCGCAGGAGGAGGCGGAGCGGCGCCUGCCCCGGCGGCGGCUGCUGCUGCUGGCCCGGCACGAGCCCGUCCUGCGCUGGGUGCGAGACUGCGACCACGCYUUGUACCAGGGGCUGGUGGAGAUCCUGGUGCCCGAUGUGCUGCGCCCCAUCCCCAGUGCCUUGACCCAGGCAAUCCGAAAUUUUGCCAAGAGCCUGGAGAGCUGGUUGGGGAACGCCAUGGUCAGCAUGCCCGAGGAGAUGGUCCGCAUCAAGGCAGCGGCAGCCGGAGCCUUCGCGCAGACCCUGCGGCGCUACACCUCCCUGAACCACCUGGCACAGGCGGCCCGGGCCGUGCUCCAGAACACGGCCCAGAUCAGCCAAAUGCUCAGCGAUCUCAACCGCGUCGACUUUGCCAACGUCCAGGAGCAGGCAGCCUGGGUGUGCCGCUGUGAGGCACGGGUGGUGCAGCGCCUCGAGCAGGAUUUCAAGGCCACGCUGGGGCAGCAGCACUCGCUGGAGCAGUGGGCAGCCUGGCUGGACGCCGUCGUGGGCCGUGUCCUGCGCCCGCACCUGGGCACACCUGGGCUGCCCCGUGCUGCCAAGCUCUUCCUGCUCAAGUGGUCCUUCUACAGCUCCAUGGUGAUCCGGGACCUGACCCUGCGAAGUGCCGCCAGCUUCGGCUCCUUCCACCUGAUCCGGCUGCUGUACGACGAGUACAUGUACUACCUGGUGGAGCAGCGCGUGGCGCGGGCCCGGGGCACCUGCCCCAUCGCCGUCAUGGGCGAGUUUGCCAACCUAACGAGCUCCCUGAACUCACAGGACCCUGACAAAGAUGAGGAGGAGGAGGAGGAGGAGGAGAGCGAUGAGGAGCUGCCGGCAGAGCUGGGGCUGGGGGGGGGCGAGGGGCCCCCCGACCCCCUGGAGCCCCCUCUGGAGCCUCCCCUGGACCCUCCCCCGGCCAAGCUGCCCCGCGCCGACCCCCGCGGGCUCUUUGUGCAGGCCCUACCCUCGAGCUGAGCCCUCCCGCGCCCCCCCGGGGGGGACAAUGUGCCUUAAGCGAUGCCGGGACCGUGCCAAAGCCCCCCCGGYCCCCUGGGGAGGGGACAAAGGGACCCGCAAGACUUGGGGAUGGCCCCUCCCCCCGGGGGGGUGGGGAUCCUUUUUGGGGGAGGGAGGGGAAGCCCAGGGGGAGGCAAACAGAGACCGUGGGGACUCGUGGCCGCUGUCCCCCCUCCCCCGCCCGCAGUGCCAGCCCCCUCCCCGCUGCCUUACGCGCCCUCCCUCCGCAUGUCGGGGCCCCCCCGGCCCCCCCCCCCCCCUUCGCCCCUCCCCCCCGUAUUAGAUUUUGGCGUUUUCGAUCAUUUUGUGCUUUGUGUCCCCCCGGGGAGAGGGGCCGUGUCCGUGGCCGCCCGUGUGGAAAUUAAGCCAAACCUGGAAUUUGGGGGAGGGUCCCGGGGGUGGGUUAGGGUCCCCCCGCUCCCCCCCCACCCCUCCCCCUCCUUGCAAACGCUGUUUUUUACCUUUUGUAGCUUCUUUGUAAAAGGAAUAAAAACCAACUGCGGUGUUUGCCCGCCCCUGCCUGCACCAGGGAGCGGGGGACAAAUCCCAGGGCUCACCCCAAAGUGCAGGGAUUCAUCCCAAAUCUCAGCCCAAAACCUGCUCUCAAAAGCCCCAAAUCCCAGUGAAUCAAAGAGCCAAAAUGUGGAAAUGGGAAUUUUAUUUUUGGUGGGGGAGGGGUUCAGGGGACCUCUCCCCAAUCCUGAUAAAACACUGAAUGGUAAAAGGAGAAAAAAAACCCAACAAACAAACA